GAAGGCAGAGGAGGUGUGUGAGUGUGUGUAGUGAGAGUAAAAGCACAGUGACUACUUCUCUUUUUUUGUAGAGUGAGUGUUGGUGGCUCAGUAUCCAUGCGUGUGUGAGUGUGUGUGUGUGUGUGAGAGAGAGAGAGAGAGAGCAAACGGAGAGGCUAAGUACAUGUGUGUCUGUGUUGUUGAAGCAGAGGAGAUGCUGCUGGCUGUGAUGGCUCUUUUGCUGUAGUACUUGUGCGGACAGGAGAGUUGGAGCCAGUUGUAUUGUGGGACUCGCGGGGAAUGGCAAACUCCACAGUAUCCCUGGAAACAUCCGACUAAAUGACAAUGGCUGAGGUAAGAGAGCUUUUCACUGUGAUCCUCUGUCUUCUCGGGCUCCUCUCACUCCCAGCGCCUGCACACACAUCCAGGACAUGUUUAACAAAGACAAACUGGAUAGAGUUUAUGAAGAGCAGCGUGACAGACAGACAGGAAGACUGCGAGCUUAAGGUGUUUAAAAUUGGCUUAAAUACUGUUUCGUUUUUUUCUUUACAUGAAACGUUUUCUUUUUUUUUAUUCUCCAUGAGAGGAACUGACUAAUCUUUACAAUUUAACACAGAUUUUUAAUGCAUUUAUUUUGUUCGGGAUGUUCAAAGUUGUCAGUGAUAAACAGCGGUAUGCAAAGUAAGAUCUGUUUUGUGUCUAGCACCUACAUUCAGUUAUAUACAGAGUUUGAGAACUAUACAAAAUACAGUUUUUAUGAGCUUUCCGUUUGACAAAAGCUACAUUUUCUAACAACCUUUUUGUUCAUUCAACAAUUUGGCAAAGUUGACAAUCAGAAGUUUAUAAUAAGAAUCUCAACUUUCUAAAACUGUCAAAGUUUGAAAUCAAUUUAGAAACUAUAUAAAUAAUGAGUUUUUUUAAAAACCAUCUCUGAAGUCAUUUAAUUCAAUUCAGUUUAAUCUAAUUUAAUCAGAUGUAUUUGUCUUCCAAGAGAAGCUUAGACAUUUAAAAAUUAUAUAAAUAAAACAGGGUGACGUAGAGUGAAUUAAUUAAAAAUGCACUUUGUUUAAAAAAGUAAAUGUCUAAAGAGGGCAGGUCAUUGUGAGACUGUCCUGAAGUGCCGUCCGAAAUUUUCAAAGACAACUCCCUAUUAACAACACCAACAACAACCGUGAGCGUGGACAAGUCUGUUUAAGUUUCUUUUACACAUUUUUAUAUUUUCUCCACAUUCUAAAAACUGAUUAAAUUUAAUUUAAUAGUCCGUUCAGGUUUAUUCUUAUUCUACCUUAUUCUAACUUUGUCCAAACGCUAAAGACAGGAAACUUCAGUUAGCACACCUGAGUCAUUCAAAACAUUAGCAGAGAGACAGAGAGCCGUCCAACAGUCCUGGACCAGCUCUCCUUGUUUCUGUCUGUGUUUCCCAGGCCUCCUGCAGCUUUCCUGGCCACUGGCAGCAUGCUUAUUGGAAUGCAAUUUAAAGCAGCCUAAUGUUUUGUUGCAGCCAUAAUGUAACAAUUAGCAGAGCUGUCUGCGUGGUGGUGGUGGUGGUUGUCGGGAGCAGCUUCCUCAGAGCCUGUGUGUGUGUGUGUGUUCAGUGUGUGUGUGUGUUUGUAUGCAAACAGGACUCAGCAGCUGUGGUUAAAUCUCUCAGAUUUCAACAUUUCAGGGGAUGAGCUGAACGUCCAACUGGUCUAACGCUUACAACAUUGUGUAUUCGAACAGUUUUAAUGAAUUGUUAAAUUUGAAGUGAAAUAGACAACCAAGAUAAAAUAAAAAGAUAAAGCACGCCUUUACGCUGAUAUACUCACACGCUAUUGCUCGUGUUGUUAGGGGAGUGAUUUAUUUAGUUGUUUUAGAUGUGACAUAAUUGCGACAUGUUUAUGGUGAUUUUAAUGAAGUCAGAGAAGUGGACACUUUUUUAGAGGUUGACCUGAACAAUUAAAGACCUAAAAAAUGCACAUCCUCGUCUCAGAGGUAACUUUGAUCAUAUUUAAUUUGGUCUGUUUUAUGAAAAAAAAAAAAUACAUCCAGCAAUUUUAAAGUAGUCCAGAGCAGAGUAAAAUUUGGGUUAAAAUUAACUCUUCUUUAACACCAGAAGCGUAAACAAUGUUUUCAUCAAUAAUUAAAAUAUGUUCAAUAAAUAAAAACGAGCUCAGAGGCUUUUCCUCCUCACACAUGCUGAAGUGACUCUGACACAUCCUUUUACACAUUUGCUGCUGCUGCUGAGUGCGAGAGAGGCCUCUACCCCAGCGACCAUGAAAUCCAGUCAGAAUAUUCCUGUAUGUAAGCGUAUAUGUGUGUGUUUGUGUGUGUUUGUGUAAGUUAACGGCCCUUUGCAGCUUUUACACACUCUUUAACACUCCGGUCCUCUCUCUUUAUUCCUGUUGUAAUAUCACUCUUUGUAUCUUCAUCUGAGUCUUUCUUGGUUAAAUCCUGCAGGGCCCCGGACACACACACACACACACACACACACACACACACACACACACACACACACACACACACACGAACAGAAAGGGAGACAAAAGGCAUUGUGUGUCUUUACAGCUCUGUGUACACUCAUGCCAGUGUGUAAUGUGUGUUUUUGUCAAGUGUUUGUGUCCACUUUGUGUUCAGACAGCAGUAGUACAGCCUGCCAACUUAGUCAGCUUCAUUAGGCGCAUGAUGGUCCUUCCAUGAGAACGAGGUGGUGGGGCGGUGGGUUUAUCUGCUCCUCCUUUUGCCCCCUUCGGCAUCUCUCCGGGCUGCGAUACACCCCUCCUGGCCCCAACCGACCCCCUUAACACCCCCCAAAACUCCUCCACACACACACACUUUCACACACAGAGCGGAGCAGCCACCCCUUGCAUGUGCUCUGCGCUGCCACCAAAAGGCUCGUGAGGAUUUGUCAGCCAGAUGUGACAAGAUUGUCAAGAGGCAGGGGAGGAGAGAGAGAGCGAUCUGAUAUUAAUCAGAGCGUAGCUGGGAGCCAAAGUCUUUCAGACUCAGUGUACUAACAUGUUGCCCUCAUUUACUCCUUCUCUGAGCCAGACACUCCCUCUGAGUUCCUAACAGGGAGCCACAAACACCAGGAAGCCAACCAAACUUUGGCCCGCCUCACUCCCUCCCAUACAGGCUUAUUGUCUUGAAUACUUUUUUUUUUUUUUUUUAAAGAAAGCAGCCAUUUCUCAUGGAUAUUCAGGUAAAGAUCUGUUACUUUUGUCUGUUCCAGUGUGAGACGUGUGCUGUAUGAGUGUGUGUCCUUUCUGCUGACUGACUGACUGAGUUUUGAUACCUGUCUCUGAGCUGUAAAGAUCUUAAUAUGUUCAAACAGAGCCUGCCAGCACUUGCUGGACUUUACUUGUUUUCAGUUUCAAUGCAGAGCAAAGGAAAGCUUGUGCUUUUUUUCAGUCCAGGUGUAUUUUACUAGCUUUACCUGACAAAGAGGAAACUUUAAAGGUUUUGAACGCCAGUCACCAAAACCAAAGCUGGAUGCAACAGCGGCUGAGGGUUUGUGCGUAAAAUGUUAUCUAUUUAAAGUUAACACACAAGUUUCCAUUUUUUAAUCUCCAGCUGAAUCACUUAAACACAUCACGCUUCCUCUGUGUCUGCAGAGAGACGUUAAAUCAAAGACUGAGGCAGGAUCAUGGUCCUGCUGAAGCUCAUGAAUCUAUACCUCAGUUUAACCAACACUUAGCAUCAAUUAACAUUUUACACCCUGCUGUCAUACACACAACAAGGUCCCAGGCAUGAUUUAUUUAUCAGCCGGAUCCUUCUGCUGCAAACACACAAAUAGAGAGCAGAGCAGGUGAUGGACAGCGGCUCAGGUAACGACCUGAGAUGCUGUGUUUGUUUAAUUGGUGGAAGUCGUGGGUAUAAGCGCUGGUUCCUCCUCCAGGUGAUUUCCUGAGCGAUCAAACCUUUCAGUCUUUGUGUUCCUGUGCUUUUCUUCUUUUCUUCACUGAGCUGACAUUUGUUUUUGGUGGAGUUUGGCUUUUAAUCUAUUUUAUUGGAUUUUAAAAAUAGUAACAGACUCUAGUUUUGUAUGUUUUUAUCAGUACAUCAUGAAAAUAUUAUUCCUUUUACACCAGUUUGAUGGACUAAAAGUGAAACUUUCCCUGCGAGAUAAAAAUCUGAUUCGUUUUAGAUAUUGUUGUUAUUUAAGUUUUAAUAUCAUUCAUUCAAUCUGCAGCCCUUUUUAAACCAAGUUAUCUCUUAAUUGUUUUGUAAUUGUAGCCAAAAUAAUAUAGAAAAUGUUAAAAAUAUUUAAUAUUGGAUUUUUGAAUGACACCAGAAAAAGAAAGGAGGAAAAGUGCAGUGCAGAAUUUCCGUUUUUUCCGUUAUUUUCAUAUUGUUGGUCCAGAAUAAAUAACUAUUAUUUUUAUAGCUUUAGGUAAUAACUACUACCAUUAAAAACUGCUCCACUCAUGGUAAAUAAAUCAUUUUUAUUGGUUAAUGUAUCAAACAUAAACCGUUAAAUGAAAGCUCUAAAGUCUAGAUUUUUUUUUAAAUUAAAAACUGCAGCGAAUUUUGUAGAAAUGUUUAAAAAACAACUACUACUACUAACUGAUUUCUAUAAAUUUUCUCCACUUGUGUGAGGUGAUGAAACAGCUUUUUUACAGAGGGAAUGAUAAUCAUCUGUAACGUGCAGUUCAGCUAUCAUCAUCAUCAUCAUCCACUCACUUCCUUUGUGUCCUUAAUUGUCUGCUAAACUAAUUAAUGGCUAAUAGUAAAACCUGAUCCUCUCUGCCUCGACGGAGUCUCCCUCUUCCUCAGAGCUGCUGAUAGCGCUGCUGUCUUUCAGUCUUUGGCACCAGCACCGCUUGUUUCCCCGUUGAGUGUCAGUUAGUGCCCGACUGCUGCUAAUUGAUUAGUUUUCCGCCGCAUUAGGCCAACAGCUCCCUGUCCAUCUCUGCACCGUCUCUGUCCAAGCAGCUGUUCACCUCUGCUCGCUCUCCACAGCAGUGUGGCCUUUCACUCUGGAUCUCUUUAAGAGUCGGAAAAGGAAUUUUUUUUUUCUUUUCUUUUCUUUUUUUGGGGGGGUGUUUCAGUGUGUGAGUGUGAGUGUGUGUGUUUCCUCAUGAUAGGACAAAGAUGGAGUCCUAAUCUGUUGCACUGAGAUCAUCUCUUUAUCUGUUCAUAUGAUGAAAUCAGCUUCCUUAUCCAAGUCUUAAUAUUUACCCUAAAAAGGACAAUUACGUAAUUUCAUAAAGCAUCAAAUUUUUGUCCGUCAUCUUUUUUACGACUGUCACUCUAUGAUAAUCUACCUUGUUGUAGAUGUAAUCCACAAUGGUUUAGAUCUACCUGCAUCCUGAGGUGUAAUAACUUAUCAAUGACUGAUAUACACGCAUACAACACCUAGGAGUGUCACUGACUCAGACCAAACCCAGACCACUAAAACUAAACAAAGAGGAUGGUUUGGACCUGCUCUCUUUGUAAAGCGCUGUGUCGUAGAAAGUUCUGUAAAAGUAAGACUGAUGGAUGACGGGUCGUACUGGUUUUCUCAGGACACUUUUUGGUUGUAGAUGAUGUUAUUGUGGACCUGCCUCCAAACCUGCUUUAACCAUUUUUCAUGGCCCUGAUCUUUCUACAGCUCACAGACCGACUUUCAUAAUAAAAGUCUAAAUUGACAGAGGACUAGCUGCAGAUCACAGCAUACACAAGAAGACUAAACACGGUUUCACGCUAAAGAAAAAUAAAGAUUAGUAAAUGGAGCGCAAGUAGUAUAAUAAUAUCUCAUACAUAUAGAAAGACAGGAAAUGAAGAGAUUCAGAGGAUGAAAAAGUUGACAUGUUUUCAUAAUUAAUUCCUCAUUAUCCUGAAAAUCCUCUCUUAGCUGUAACUAAAAUAAACCAGCAGCCUUUAAAUGUUUUCCGGUAGAGUUAAGUUAAGUGUUAAUACUGAAGAAAACCUGUUAAUAACUCUGAGGUGGAGGCUGGUCUUCAGGAUUUGGGUCAGAGGUUCAGAGGUCAGGGUCAAGACUAAACACUCACAGAUGAGGAAGCGAAUAAAGAAAUGGUGAAGUGUUCAUCUAAACACCAUACGGGGUUAAUCUGAACCAGCUCUAUAAGUGUCUCACUUUUCUUUAUCUGGAUCAGCUGUAAAAUGAAAAAAAAAAAAAAAUCGGCAUUAUUAAAAGAGUUUUCACGCAGACCUAAAAAUGUUUAAUACAUACGUUUUAGCAGCAUGUCUGAAAGUCCCUAAUGCCACCGAUUGUUUCUGCACUGAGAUUUGUUUCAAAUGUUAUUAUAUAUAAAAACUUCAACUUAACUCAUGCCUCUGUAUUCAAACCUGUGCGAUUAAUCAUCGGUUCAAAAGCGUGUACAACCAAAAUAAGUGAUGGAGGCUUGUGAGGGUGCGAGUGCGGUGAGGUGGGCUGUUUGACAUCACUGAUAUAAAGAGAGCGACACGCAGUUAGCUUUGGUUUCUAAAACAUUGAUCCAGCAGCAUCAUUUUGUUCAAUUAGGCUUCUUGUCAUCCACUUCACUGAUGUGUGCAAACAGCCGUGGCUUUGGUGUGAUCGCGGCACAGAGGCGGAGGGGGUGGGGGUGGAACGGACACUGGCAGCCACUGCCGUACUUCCCCCUCCUCUUCUGUUUUUCAUGAAAACCUCAAAUGUUUUACUAAUUAAGAUAGAAGACCUGCAUACUGUGUGUUGGAAUGUGUGUGUGUGUGUGUGUGAGCAGGCCGGUGAGUGCGUAGGGGAACCUGAUUGAGAUGUAUAUUAGAAGGAGCAGCAGCAGGAGGUGUGUGUGCACCCACAGUGGGAUGGGAUUAGCCUAAUUGGGCCGUGUUGGUUCUUGGUGCUUUGUAAUGAUGAGAUUAUAUCGCUAAGAGAUGAGCAAGGGGCUCUUACACCUCACCACUGUCCAAAGCAGGCCGGACUGGCCGACCAGCCAAGGAUAAAACCUGACAGAGAAGGCAGGAGGAAAAAUUCAAACAGAUGUCAUGGGACCAAACCCGAGCUACCGCCAUUGCAGUCAAGGCCGGGUAGCUUCUGUCACCUUGAUCUCAGGUCACUUUAUAAGUCCUAAUGAUAAGAGGUUACUGUAAGGUGAAAUAACAUGAUCCUACAUUUCAAGGACAAGCCUCGCCUCAAGCACAGAACUAUACGCCACUGUCUAAAUGAGGAGGAGGAGGAGGAGGUGCUCCUCUUCCCAACUACCCACCUUCUUCUCCUUCUUGCCUUGGAGAGGGAGCAAGCUCCGUUGAGGGGCUAAGCAUGCUGCUCAUGUAUACUAAAAGCCCACUGAUCAUGCAUUAUAGAUGCAGAGGGAGAGAGAUGGCGUAGUGCAGCCACUCCAAGGGUUUGAGCAUGUAGCACUAACAACACUGGCUUUGAUCAUAAAUCUAAUGAUGCUCUUACCUCAGUUCCUGGUGUGUAAAUGAUUAUUUUUUUUUCUGUCCAAUACGGAAGAGAGCGAGGGUAAGAGGAGCCACUUCCAGUGUAUCAGCACACCAAAGUCUCCUCAGCAGGGUCUCUGCCAAGUCAGCAGCUACCCGGAGAGCUCCACUCAUUACUGCCAUUCACUCCUCACUCUGUGGGUCUGUGUCGGCCACUCGCUCUGCUUCAUGUUCGUCCUGGAAAGAUAAAACUCAUUAUCAGAGUGGAUAGACGGACUCCUCUGACCUGUGUGUUUGUGUAUGUGUGUGUAUGUACAUGCAUGUGUGUGUGCGUGCGUGCAUGUGUGUGCGUGCGUGUGUGUGUGUGUGUGCGCGCGCCUUGGGCAUAGAUUGAUUGGAACGGUUUUUGUAGUCCAGGUGUGUCUGAUACCUUUUGUUGCUGUAAAGGACUUACCCUGCAGCUGCGCUGAAACACACACACACACACACACACACACACACACAUUGCUUUCUCAGGACAAACCAGGCAAUGAGUGAUCAUGACGGGGAAUCUAAACUACUUAAGGCAGUCGUACUCUUUCUGUGGUGACUCCACAGACGGACAGAUCAUUGGCUGUCUUUGUGUUCGUUCUCUGAUAUUUCCGGAAGUUAAAACAUUUUUUUUCUUUUUACAAAAUGUGAAAAUAAAAGUUCAACUAAAACGUUUUAUUUUCACUGUUAGGAUUUUAUAAUUAAAGCAUCUUAGAUGUGACCCUGGCUCUCCACAUUUAUACAGAUACAUAACACUUUUUGAUUUUAAAGUGUGAACAAUUUUGAUCUAAAAAGUGCUAAAAACUAAAAAGGUGGUAUGUUCUAAUAAUACAUAUAUAUUCAUGAUACAGUGAUGCUGUGUGUGAAAACACUGACGGUAUUUCUUCUGUGCUCACUUUUGUAUGGACAGGCUAUCUGCUGCACUUUGGUGAACUGUAACUGUGACAGCUUCAAGCCCGGGAAGCUGAAGAGGAGGCAGUGUGAAAAUUGUAAGCACGGCUGGGUGGCACAUGGUAAGAGCUCACUACCACCGCAGAGACUAUCAACUUUGAAUAGCAUGUCUGGUUAGGGACAGGCAUAUUCUUAUGGCGUUAUUAUGUAUUAAUACCUACAUUCUUGAUUAAUAUUAAUUGUAGCAUCUUGCCCAGCAAAGAGUGUUUUUGUGUUUGUGUGAUUUACUCCUAAAGUUUAAUUCAGGUGCAUCAAAUUAGCAGCAUGCAUUAUGAACUCAAUCGUAUACAGACUGUGUGAUGGCCAUAUGCAUUCUCAAAUGAUCACAAUUAGGAAGGAGUGACACUAUAUUGGUGUGGCAUUAGUAUAUAAGGGCCAUAAUAAAGGAAUACACACAAUGAUUAUUAAUGGUUAAUAAUCAUUUUAAUGCUAAUGUUUGUUUUGUAUAUUAUCGGUCUGUCUUUUUAGCGGCUCACAUGCGGCUUGUUUCUUGUAACAGAGCGAGCAUUGAAUUUUUUUUACUGCCGUGAACCACAUACUUUGAUGAACGGUGAAUGAAUUCAGAAAAGCAACAACGCUAUUAAAUGAGAAUAACAAAAAUUUACAAUAUGCUAACUAACAUGUUUUCAAGCCGCAGCUUUAAUGUAAACCAUGAAGUACUUUGUGGGCAGUAGAGACUCAUGAGAAGAUGUCAGUCUGAGCUGUGAUGAAUGUUGGCCUCCAUAGUUUAAAGUGUUAGUUGUCUUUCGCUUGAAACAGAAAAGUCCUUUUUUUAAAAAAAAAAACAAAACAAAUUUUAACAUGUUCUUAGAUUUGAUUUGAUUGGUUCAGUCGGUGAUAAACUGAUGGUGUACAGCUCAGAGGAAAGUUGUUCUCCUGUAAUAAAUCAGGCUAAACAUGUGGAAAAGGCGACACAACCUGACACAGCUUUACAAUGUUUUCUUGAAAAUCCUUAAUCUCUAGUAUUUUUAUGUUAUGUUUCAUGUUGUGUUAUGUUCUAUAUCUUUUAGUUAACACUUGGCACUUGAUGGCCAUUCAGAGACCAGUGUACUCUCAUAAAGACUAAUCCAGUGAAAUCUGCUGUGUGUGCUUUAGCUCUGAGUAAGCUGAAGGUGCACCACAUGUACCAGAGCAGCCAGGUGGAGAUUGUGCACUCCAAUGUGGUGUUUGAUAUCUGCAGCCUCAUGCUAUAUGGGACCCAAGCCAUUCCAAUCCGCCUCAAGAUCCUCCUAGACCGCCUUUUCUCUGUCCUGAAGCAGGAAGAGGUGAUCCAGAUUCUUAACGCUCUUGAUUGGACUCUGCAGGACUACAUACGAGGAUAUGUGCUCCAGGUGAGUGAGAAGGGAGGGGGGUGUUUUUUUUUUUCCAGGUUUUUUUUAUGAAUGGUUUUAUAGAUAACCUAUUAAGUGUUAGUCUGAUGCAACCAUAGACUGUUUAUACUAUGGACAACUUGGUUCCGCCUUCCGCCAGUAUACAGAUUUAAAGCCGAAAAGCUCUCUGUAUUUCUGCGAUUUUUCUCCACGUCCUGAAACCAACAUUGUGUAGUACCAUUGUACACAUUUGGCGGGAAAGUCGCUGUGAUGACGCUUGGCUCAAAAAGCGUACCCCCAAGUGAGCUAUGCAAUCUUCGUACACCCAUUGGCUGUAUCAAGUGUCAAUCAUAGAAAACAUAAACCCCUUAAUAACUUUUUAAAAAUGGAGCUGCACAGAAAAAAAGAGGACUUGAGCACAAACCAGUCUUACAAUAAUUACAUGUCAACAUCACAACCAGGGGGGAGAAAAAAUUAUAUUCUGUGUAAUAAAUUUCUAAAGUUUGUCCACAGCUCCAUAGGGAUUGCUGGAGGAGGUGGGAUUUAUGACCUAUACUGCAGCCCGUCACCAGAGGGUGCUGUUCUCGGGGUGGCUCCACCCAACGAGGAGGCAGACAGUGUCCAUUCUAUAUACAGUCUAUGGUUUUAACUCUUCCAUUCUAACUCCUUCCCAGUUGCCUGUAUUUAACAUUGGGCCCUCUGAUUUAUUAAACUCAAAACUAAAUCUCAUGCUAAGAGAAUGACAGCAUAACCGUUUACUCCAUAGUUUGAAAGUUGUCCUUUUUAGAAGGAAGCCCCAAUAUCAGUAUGGAGGGUGACAAAUUAGAGGGGACAGGAGAGCAGUUGCUCCAAUACCACAAGCUACGGGGGUCUUUAAAUCGUGCCUAGUUGAUUUGUAAACAGGGUUGUUCGCUCCAGAUCUCCUCUUUAGCCACAUACCAGCCGGCCAGAGUCCAGGCUGCAGCACUGUGUCAGCAGCGUGGGUUCUCACUUCGAUUAAUUCAUCAUCAAGUAUUCAAGUUGGGCUACAUUUAAUUCAUGUUAGCUCUUCUAAUGGCAAACGUAGAGUCAGAAUCCUCGACAGGCACCCGAUGAAUGCUCUGUGAUGAAAUAUUAAUCACGGUUAUGGCAUGAACCCGCUCCUCUCUUUCAAAGACACCCAAACUCACAUGUGAUUACUGCUGGGCUGAGAGAGAGAGGACCUGCUUGAUCAGUGUGAGCUUCUGAACCCCCCCCCCCCCACACACACACACACACACUCUACUUGUGUGUUCUAUGUGUGUAAGUGUGUGUGUAGUAUAUGGUGUGUAGUAUGUUUGUGCACAUAUUUAUUUUUUGCAUGCACUUGAAGAUAUGAAUGAGCGAAUGUACUGCUAGUAUGCAUUAUCCCACUGUGUGUGUGUGUGUGUGUGUGUGUGUGUGUGUGUGUGUUCUCUGCCUGCUUCAGCUGAUCAACAUCAUUUAAAUGAAGAGUAACAACCCGCGAGAAGAAACACUGUGUGUCUGUGUAAUGAGAGUUCUCAGGGUUCUCGGCUGCCCACUUACAUUAACACUCUAUCUGAUUCCUUUAUUUAGCCGCCCUGCCACUCUGUUUUAUGGGUUGUGUCAUCUGGCCUAGGCUCUGAAUAUAUAUGAGCAACCCAACGGACACUUAUAAUGCUAAUGAGGAAAAUGUUCUCUCCUUUUCCUGAUUUGACUUUCCCUCUCCUUUUCAAUCUAUUUCACACCCUCAUCCACUCCUCCCUUACCCCGUACACUGUUGCUGUCUGCAGGAUAUAGCAGGAAAGGUGCUUGAUCGGUGGGCCAUCAUGACUUUUGAGGAAGAGAUAGCUACGCUCCAGCAGUUCCUACGCUUUGGGGAGACCAAGUCUAUUGUGGAGCUGAUGGCUCUGCAGGACAAAGAAGGCCAGGCAGUAUUGGUUCCCAGCACCCGCACCAAUUCUGAUAUCCGUACCUUCAUCGAGAGCAACACUCCACGCACUGCUGCUAACCUUUCUGCAUCCAAAGUUGAGAAGCUGAGUGGCAGCAGUAUGCAUCACUUUGAGAACUUCAUCAACAGCAUGGCGUUCAUGCUACCUUUCCAGCUCCUGGGCUCUGUUCCAACACCGUUCCUGGGCACACCGAUAGGAGGACUGCAGCAACAGCAGCAGCAGCACCAGCAACCAUGCCACAGGUUAAUGGAACAACAGAGUCAGAGACGAGAUGACCAAGUGCAGGAUGGUUUAGGGAGAGAAAACCCCCUCUCUCUUUCACACCCUCCAGAAAGCAGUCUGCUUGGCUCAAGCUCUGUCUCAUUUACUGCCGAUCCAGACCGAAGCAGAGAUAAACCAUUGGACAGCCUCUCUACUACCACAAAAACAGAGGCAGAGGACUUUUCAACUAGUGACAACUACUCUGAUGGACCCUCUACUCCAUGCACGCCCUCCAUGAGCUCUGAUGCAACACAGAUGUCCCCAGAGAGCAAGCUGCGCACUCUGGACAGAAACGGGGGCAGCAAUGGAGCAGGUGGUGGUGGAGGAAGCUCUCUGAAGAAGGGCCGUGUGUUUUGCAAUGCUUGUGAAAAAACUUUCUAUGACAAGGGCACUUUAAAAAUCCAUUAUAAUGCAGUGCACCUGAAAAUUAAGCACAAGUGUACAAUCGAGGGUUGCAACAUGGUGUUCAGCUCACUGCGUAGUCGCAAUCGCCAUAGUGCCAACCCGAACCCACGGCUUCACAUGCCCAUGAACCGAAACAACAGGGACAAAGAUCUGCGGGGCAGUUUGUCUGCCGAUGAGAGCUCGCAAGGAGAGAAAAGGUCUGAGUAUGGAUCCCAGAUGCCUGUCUGCUCUGCAGAAAGUCACAAGUCUGUGCCCAACUACAUGGUGAGCCACAUGGACUCAGGCUCUAAACUCCACAGCAGCUCCUUCCCGAGCAUCAGCCAGAGUGGCAUCCUCUUCCCCAACUUAAAGACAGUACAGCCAGUACUGCCUUUCUACCGAAGCCUGGUUACCCCAGCAGAACUGGCAAACACACCAGGAACACUACCCUCCCUUCCUCUGUUGUCCUCCUCUGUACCUGUAAAACCCACCACUGCUCCUGAAUCUUACAUGGCAGACCCUAUACCAAAGAAAAAGUCCCGUAAGUCAAGCAUGCCUAUAAAGAUAGAGAAAGAGGCAAUGGAACGAGAUGAGCUGAUGGAUAAGGACAACAGCUCCGAGGAUGAGGCGCCUUUACACAGCCAUGACAAAGAUGGCUGUGUUGAUAGCCGAGUGGGGGGGCACAUGUGCCCAAGACAAUCUGAGGAGGAGAGAGAGAAAAGAGGGACUUACAUUGGGGAAGAAAAGGAAAGAGAGAGUGAGAAGCAUUUACUGGACCAAACUGUAGAGAGAGAAAUGACGGGACACCUGGACAAAAACGACAGGCCAAAGCUUGCUGACACAGGGGUUGUCUCCUGUCCAUCAUCCCCUUUUGAAAACAGACUGGUAGAUAAUCACUGUGACAACAACGUACUCUGUCAGGAACCCAACAGUAAUGUAGGAAAGGAGGACAGUGAGCACACAAACUUGAUUUCAGAUCUACGAUGGGACGGGGGUGAGCACAGGGUGACAAACGGCGGCACCUCCCAGCUCACAGACCACGACAGGGACAGCUCUGAUGGCUGUUUGAAUGACUAUGGGGACUCAGGUUUGUCUCACCUUGACUCUGAUGCUGACCUUCCACACCACUGUGAGAUCUGCAGUAAGACCUUCAAGAGCCCCUACAGUGUCAAGAUGCACUACCAAAAUGUCCACCUGAAGGAGAUGCACAUGUGCACAGUGGAUGGAUGCAAUGCCGCCUUUCCUUCCCGCAGGAGCCGAGACAGGUUAGGAGUGGUGAUCCUUUCUGUUUUUUUAGGCUCCCAGAGCAAAAAACAUGAACUUUCAUCAUUUCCAAAUAAGCAGGAAUUAAUCACAGGUAUAAGUUACUGCUAGAGUUUAUCAGCUCACACCUUAGCAUGUACAAAAUAUUAUUGGUGAUCAGUCCUUUGUCCUUUAAAGACCCACUCCAAUGAAAAUCAUGCUUUUCUUGUUGUCCACAUAUUCAUAUGGCAUUUUCUUAUGCUACAGGACAUAUCAUGAGGAAAAUAAGUGCAAAAUUGCAUUUCUGAGUGUUUCUGCAUUCAAUUCACUGUGAAUUUCUGGCAGAUCCAAACAGCAGGUUCAGAUAUAAUGAGAUUUCAUACAUCACAACUCCAAGCUCCACCCCCGGAGCCCAGCUAUUCAGGCCAGACUGGAAAAAGUAGAGAGGACAAUAGCAGAACAAUCGUGUCCGUUGGUAGAUUGCAAUACUCCUAUGAAAGCUAAUUAUGAUACUGACUUUCAUCAUGUCCCUAAAGACAUUAGUGUCCGAGAGCUGAAUAACUCCUAUGUUACCUGCUACUUCUACUACACUGGCAGUGUUAGGCUGCAAGCUAGCGUGAAGAGGAUUGUGCAGAUAGAGCAGCACUAGCUCCACCCACGGCUUAGAGGCGAAUUGCUAAUGAACUACUGCAGCUCUGCAGAGAAAAAGCCCUUGAAAAUGACACAAGUAACGUGAUUUUGGCAAAAAAAACGUCAUAAUCACAAUUUAUAGACUACUGAAAACACUUAAAGUAGCAUGAAUAAACGAUUGGAGUGGGACCUUAAAGAAAGAUAAAUACAAAGGCUGAGUCGAUCCUACAAGAGCUCUCAUCCCUGAGUGUAGAUAGAAGGAAUAUUACCAAGAGCACCACUACAGUCGUUGACAGUUCUGGAGUAUAUCUAAGCCUCUAUGAUAAAAAAAAGACUGAAGCUGGUAUCAGAAGUCUAAACCCAGCAUUGGCUUUUUAAAACAAACUCUAAGAACAAUCAUUAAUCUGGGAAAGAUGUAGCACUGUUGGCAGAGGUGGAGAAACCCUUGUUCAAACACUGUGCUUCAAAGAUGGCAGAAUAGAAAUGACAAAAAUGAAUCUAAUUAAAUUUUUUAAGCUGUCUGUAUGUUGCUGUCAUUUUUUUAGUUUAACUUCUUUUUUUUUUUAUCUACAGACACAGCGCAAAUUCAAAUCUGCACCACAAGCUGCUGACCAAAGAUUCCUACAUCCCGACUAGCACACACUACUCUCCCUCAUCCCAGUGCAGAGACAGAGACUCUGUCAGCCUGGACUACUGCCAAGACCAGCGGGACAGAGACCUGCCCUAUCGAGACUCCACUAGCCAGACCUCGGUCAUCUUCCGAGGCCACAACCGUAUGGGCUUGGUCUUCCCUAUGAGCAAAAUUUCCUCUGCACCGUACAGCGCCGAUGCAUCUCCCAUAGGUGAGGCGGGGAGCAUGGAGGAAGAAGGGGAAGGAGGGGGAGGCGGGGAGGAUGGAGGAGUCCUGGACCUGAGUACUGCCUCUGCUGCUCCACCUCGUAGCAGUGUCCGAUCUUCCUGGGACUCUGACGGGGCCUGUAGUGAAGAAGGGGAGGAAAUUGAAGAGGAUGAGGAGGUCCUCCCUAUAGGGGACAGUGAGGAGAGCUGCGACGGAGUUGGCGUGGGACCUGGGGGGGAAGAGUUGGCACUUGGGAGAGAGAGGACCUUGGGCUCCACUGAGGGGGAGCAGGGUGGACUUCAGGGAGGUGGCGGCGGAUCCCCGAUAACCUGUCAUGUAUGUCAAAAGGUGUACAGCAACAAGGGCACGUUCAGAGCUCAUUACAAGACUGUCCAUCUACGACUGCUUCACAAGUGUAAAGUUCCCGGCUGUGAAACAUCCUUCUCGUCUGUGCGCAGCAGAAACAGACACAGCCAGAACCCGAACCUCCAUCGAAACCUCACUGUUAGCUCAGGGGCAGCGAUAGACCAGGAGUAAGAAUCUGGACUCUUAUGCCAACAGGACUGAUUUCCUUUGCUUCAGUGUUCUCUUUGUUGGUGUUUUUUCGGGCACCACCUAAAGGUUUACCAAUCAGCACUUUUAAAAUACACACUGCUGUCCACCCUGUUUCAAAACUUCAUCCUUCCUUUUGAAUAGUGAUGAGAACUUUCACACGUUUCUUUCUUUGAUAACAGCAAAAUAAUGCAAAAACUGAAAACAUGAUAUGCAUCUCUGUGUUGUGAAUCAUUAUUAAAAGAACGGUCUGUACUCCAGCUCCAGUAAGUGAACCCUUCAAAAUGCAGAAAUGCAGAUUCAGUGUCUCGGCAUUUUGCUGUAAUGCAGUAUUGAUUCCUUUUGAUUGUUUUGAGCAGUUCAAUGAAUUAAAACAGUUUUGUGUGAACUGAAUUUUAGGAUGUUUUGUCUUAGUGAAAGUUGAGCCAUUUUUUUCCUGGUGUUUUUGUUGUCAGAUGUCUCCAUCUUCCCUGUGAAGCUGUGCAUAUUGUCUUAAUCAGAAACAGUAGUGAAGUAAACCAUCCAUGUGUCAUUUCAUUUGGACAAUGGUGUUCAAAAAGGAGUCUUUGUUGCAAAGCUAUUGUGUUGUAAACUUGACUAAGAAUAAGUUAUUGUAUGGUGUUCUCUGAUCUGUCUCCACUGUUUUUGGUUGUUACAAACUGCCAAAGUUGACCAAAGAUUUUUCUCAGUAGUCCACAGAUCUAUCUAUAGAAACCCUUCACACUGUCUGCAGUAUUAAAGGGCGUGCUCACUCACAUAUGCUGUGUAAUUAUCAGCAGUGUUCAGGCUUUAUUGGAGACUAUAGAAUCAAAUUCACACACGGAUUAAAAAACUGAAGACUUCUUCCUUCAGACUGCUGCGUUAUAUCAGCUUCACUUAGUUUUUCCAUCAUGGCGACUCCUCGUGUGACUUGACUUGAUUAAGGAGUUGUGCUGGUGCUGUUUGUGUGGUUGUAUGCAGUUUCUAACUGGCUAGAUAAACAGCUCAAAAUAGUUGUGUCUAGAGGAUGGAAGCAUGUACUGUGAAUGAGUCAAACACUGGGAAAAAAUAAUAAUAAUAAUAAUGAUAAUGGGAAAAUGACACUUAAAAUGACGGCCCCGUAUGAGCACAUCUACUCAGCAGAACUGGUACAAAUGUUCAUUGAACUGUAUAUUCUGUGAAUAGUGUUAUUUGUUAGGCUAUCUGAAAGAAACCAAAAAAUAUACUGUACAACAAAUUUCACUGCUAAGGUGACAUGUUUUCUUUUGUGUCUUUUUUUUCUUUGUUUUUAAAAGUGAAUGAACAAGAAGAUAAUGUUGUACAUGUCUGAUGAUUUCACCACGGUUUACACUUUCAGUUUCUGUAUCUGCAUUGUUUUUUCAGUCUGUAUUUAAAUGCCGUGGGCCCGCUGUUCAAGUUUGGAUUUGUCGAAAAAAAAAGGAACAAAAAGACAAAUGUUAAAGGUGAUCAUGUUUCCUUUGGUUUAUUGUUACAAUACUCAUUCCUAUUAAAUAAAAAGCCAUAUGUUUGCUAGCCUCAUUCAUUCUACUUUCUACCGUGUGUGUCUGCGCGCGUGUGUGUGUGUGUUUGUGUGUGUGUGUGUACAAAAGAGCAGGAUACACUAUUGGAAGCCUACAUAGAUUUCUAAUAUCACUCACUGAUCAGACGCUGCAGUGACUGGAGCUUUACAAAACUGAACAACAGCACAUAAAUAUUCAUUUAUUUAUUUAUUUGACCAAACUGUUUAGAACCAGCCCUUACAAAAAAAGCGUCGCCAUUUUCUAAAAAAUUUACAUCAUGAUAAUACAACUCACUGUUGACAGCCAUGUCCUGAUAUGUCUUUGUCCUGGGGAUCCUAAUCAACAAUGACUGAUUUAUCAUAAGAACAUAAAACCAUGUUACUUUGAUAAGCAUGUGUAUUAAAUUUUAAUUUUUACAUGACUUCCUUUUUUUAUUUGAACCCAAAUUUUCCUUUUUUUUUCUUUUUAAUUUCAGAUGGACAGAAAUCCUGAAGUCCCCCAUGA